AUGCCUUCCACGAAGCAGCAGCGCGCCCGCCGCCAAACCGCGCCAUCUGGCCCUCCGCGGAAGCCACCCGCCAACGAAACGCAAUCAAGUCUCGCGCCGACACAAGAACAUCCCCCUGGCUUUCUCAAAUGGAGCAUUCCUAGCUGGAACAAUGAGCUCGAGUUCUCAGAGUGGCUCAAUGGUGUCAAAGAUGACCUUGUCGAGGAGAGCUACGACCAAUACCAGAGCUGUCUUGAUGAGCUUCAACAAUCGAAGGAACACAUUGACGAAAUUCUGAUGAGCAACUUGACUCUACUUGAAGACCUGUCCAGCCUUUCCGAAUCCUUCAGAUCCGUCGAAACUCAGACCUCGAACUUUGAGAAACAGUGCGAGGGGCUUCUGUCUGCGCAGGAGCGUGACACGAAGCUUGCAAAUGGUAUUCAGAACAACCUCCACUACUAUGACUUCCUAGAUCCUGCGUCUCGGAGGCUCAAUGCCCCGGGUGCGGGGAACACUGUCCGCGAUAAGGAAUUCUCCGACAUGCUCAGGCGCCUCGACGUGUGCCUGGAUUACAUGGAAACACAUCCGGAACACAAAGAGGCGGAGGUUUAUCGUUCUAGAUACAGGCUUCUAUUAACGCGCGCCCUUACACUCAUCCGAGGAAACUUUGUGACAUCUCUCCGAAACAUCUACCAAAACGUAUCAAAGAAAAUCUCAGACCAGCAAUUGAAUGACACGGCUCUAUCGGCCCUUCUCUAUGCCAAAUUCAGAGUCGGCGCCCCGGAGUUGAAGCAGAUCGGAAUCGAAAUCCAGAAGAGAGCGGUCCCACCUUUGAACCCGGAUCAGAACAACGAGGCAGAGUACCAGAGUCUGAUGAAUGAGCUGCACAGCAAUUACUCGGCAACUCGUGCGCGACUGAUAAUACCACUCGCUCGCAAAAAGCUCAGCGAGAUUACGCAGACCCCAAGUUCAUCCAAGGACUUGGUCUCGUUCGCUCGGGCGAGUAUUAGCUACAUCCGUGGUUUGUGUUUGGAUGAAUACGAUCUGUGGGGUGAAUGGUUCCAUGGACAGGGUGGAUUGUAUGACUUCCUCGAAACAAUCUGUGAGCCUCUAUAUGACCAUCUUCGCCCUCGCAUCAUCCACGAAACCGACAUUCGCAACCUUUGCCAACUCUGCACGUUACUCCAAACCCGCUACUUCUUGGAUCCAGAAGAUGAGCCAGAGCAGACCGACACGAAUCAACUGGAUUUUGCCGUCUUGAUCCAACCCGCUCUGCAGGAUGUUCAGACUCGGCUGGUCUUCCGCGCUCAGGCAUUCCUGCGUGACGAAAUCGAAAAAUACAAGCCUCUUCCGGCCGAUAUCGAUUACCCCAUGCACAACAAACAAGUUUCCUUGACUGUGACCGAUACUCAAAUAUCAAGCAAAAAGGAUACCUCGGCAGAUUCCAUGAUUGACAUGACCAAACCUGGCAAAGAGGGAGAUGACGCUGGUGGCACUCCACAAGAGCAGGACGGAAAAUGGGACUUUGAGACUCAGACUUCACUGAAGGGGUGGUAUCCGACGUUGCGAAAGGCCGUCUGGCUUCUCAGCCGGAUCUAUCGCCUUGUCAACUCCACUGUCUUCGACGAUCUGGCACAUCAAGUCGUACAUCAAACCACUCUGUCUCUUACCAAUGCCUGCACACUCAUCUCCGGCAAAUCUACCGCAGCCGACGGACAACUCUUCCUCAUGAGCCACCUCCUCAUUCUGAAGCAACAGAUUGUUGCAUUCGACAUUGAAUACGUCGCGCCAGAUGUCUCCCUCGACUUCUCGGGUGUUACAAACACAUUCUGGGAACUGCGGGAGCGCGGCGGCCUGUUCAACCCACGCAACCUUAUGCGCCUAGUCGGCCAUGGGCUUAUGCCCCGUGUGGUGGAGAACAUGCUUGACGCAAAGGUCGAACUGGAUGGCCGCCUCCGCACCGUCAUCAAUGACUUCAUCAACGCCUUCGCUGCACGCAUGACCGCUUCCCUGCCGACGAAGUUCGUCGACACCCGUAACCUCCACCGCGGAGAACUGGUUCACCCCUCAUGCCACACCAUCGAGAAGGAGGUCCCCAUUCUCCGCAAGAUUCUAAACGAAUACAUCGACGACACCCGCAUGAAGGAAACCCUCGUUGGCGCCGUGCAGGAUCGCACGAUUCAGAUUUACGAGGAUUUCUUCGAGAAGUACACCUCAUCCGAGAAAGGAAAAGGCCAUGCUAUCAGCAAGAAAGGCAAGGGCCGGGACGAUGCCAUCUGGGACGUUGAGACAUUUGCUGAGUGGUGUGAGGGUGUUUUCCGAGUUGGUGUAGCUGGUCUUCAGUCUGAACAGGUGGACCUGGCUGAGGACGAUGAUGAUCUACUGAGCACGACCUCUUAG